CAUUCACAGGUCUAAUUUGUGCGAUUACAUGUUGGUGAGAGGGGAAAGAGAUGAUAAAAUAAAUAAUAAUAAUAUCAUUAAAGAACAACUACUGGCCACAAGGACGAACCAAACAGUAUUAUCUCUCGACUCUCGCGAUAUAUUUUGCAUAAUGCAUAACUUCACUAGAUAAAGGGGAAAAAUCAUUGACAACUUUUCUUACCUUCCUACGUCGCAGUUAUUAGUUAUUUUUAAUUCACAUGUGUACGUACAAAGAAACAAUCGACCGUCGACAGUAUAAUAAUUUGUAUACACCAGCGAGUUCAGUGAUGGUUACUCAUCCGAUUGAGUUGAAUUAGAACGAUUGUAUUUUCUGAACUGACUAAGACGAACGCACGUUCUUAGUUUCGUCAACAUUCGACAAUAUGGCUGACCUGAUGUUUGAUUAUCAGUUCCGCUUGAUACUGAUCGGUGACAGUACAGUGGGCAAGAGUUCAUUGUUAAAAUUUUUCAACGAUGGUAAAUUUGUGGAGGUGUCUGAUCCAACAGUUGGCGUCGAUUUCUUUGCUAGAACCAUACAAAUACCCAGCGGUCCACGAAUAAAAUUACAGCUAUGGGAUACAGCUGGCCAAGAGCGAUUUAGAUCAAUUACAAAAUCCUACUACCGCAAUUCAGUAGGUGCUCUGUUAAUAUAUGACAUAACAAAACGAGCCAGUUUUGAUCACAUACCUAUUUGGAUGAAUGAUGCCAAACGACACAUUGAACCUCAUCGACCCGUAUUUGUCUUAGUUGGGUGCAAGUUAGAUUUGGUAAAUAAUGGUGCUGGUAAGAGGGAAGUGACUGAAGAAGAAGCCAAACAAUUUGGUGCAGAACAUAAUAUAUUCACUGUUGAAACAUCUGCAAAAACUGGUUCUAAUGUUGAAUUGGCAUUUUCUGCUAUUACCCAAGAAAUUUAUCAGAGGAUAAAAAGUGGUGAAUACCAAAUGGAAGAAGGCUGGGAUGGCAUUAAAAGUGGCUAUUCACAUCAUUCAGCUAGCAUUGAUUUUAAUAACUAUAUUGAGGCUGAACCAGCUAAGUCAUGCUGUUAAAACUUAAAUCCCCUUAACACAGCUUAUUAUUCUUUUUUUUUAAUCUUUAACUGAGUAACAAUUUUAUAAAACAAACAUUUAGCUUUGAUGACUUAUUUUUAAACUUUUUAAAUGUUUAUUUUGACAAAUAUUAACCUAAGGUAAAUAUGUAAGCUACACUUAGGAGAAUGGUACAAG